AUGAGUCGCUUCGUACGCCCCUCCAAGUAUCGUCACGUCUAUCCGAACGUCGCCAAGAAGGAAGCUUGCUACGAAAACGUCAAGGUCUCCAACAAUGCCUGGGAUACGAACCUGGUCGCUGCCAACGGCAAGUACAUCUCGAUCAACUGGAACGCUUCCGGUGGCGGUGCGUUUGCCGUCCUUCCCGUCAAUCGCCCAGGAAAGCUUCCAGACAUCUACCCGCUUUGCCGAGGUCACACUGCCACUGUGCUAGACACCGCUUUCAGUCCUUUCCAAGACAACUUUGUCGCCUCUGCUUCCGACGAUGGCACCAUCGGUCUCUGGAAGAUCGAUGAUGCCAACUUCGACCAGCUCGAGUGGUCUGACAAGGAGCGAGAACGCAACGGUGGUGUCAAGGACUUUGAACCCAUCGCACGCGUUUCCGGGGGAGGUAGGAAGAUCGGCCAGGUAGUUUGGCAUCCCACUGCUUCCAACGUGCUCGCCGCUGCCACCGGUGAUCACGUUAUCAAGCUCUUUGACGUUUCCAACGCUUCCACCGCCGCUUCCUCGCCUAGCAUCAGCUUGCGUGGAUUCACCGACACCAUCCAAUCGCUCGACUGGGACUGGACCGGUACCACGCUCAUUGCCACCUCACGCGACCGCAAGAUCCGCACUUUUGAUCCACGUCAAGGCGAAAACCCGGUGCAAGUGGCCGACUCGCACGGCGGCAUCAAAGGUGCGCGUGUGAUUUGGUGCGGUGACAAGGACCGUGCCAUCACCACUGGUUUCUCGAAAAUGUCGGACCGACAAUUAUUCCUGUGGGACACUAACAAUCUCGCCAGCGGCCCACUUAAACAGGUCACGCUCGACACAUCGAGCGGUAUCAUCAUGCCUUUCUGGAGCGACAACAACAUUGUCUUCUUGGCCGGCAAAGGUGACGGCAACAUUCGUUACUACGAGUUGGAGAACGACGAGCUGCAUUACCUCACCGAGUCCAAGUCGAGCGAGCCGCAGCGUGGACUCACGUUUGUUGGCAGGAGAUUCUUGAACACGGAUGAGAACGAAAUUGCCAAGGCGUACAAGAUCACGGGUACCACGAUUCAGCCGGUUUCAUUCUGCGUUCCUAGGAAAGCGGAAGGGUUUCAGUCGGACAUUUUCCCACCUGCGCCCAGUGCUGAGCCUUCGCUGACGGCCAAGGAGUUCUUUGAGGCUAAAAGGGCGGCGAGGAACAUGAUCAGUUUGGAGACCGGCAAAGGCGUCAGUAGUGGCGGUAGCGUUGCUUCUUGCACGGCAGCGGUAUCGGCGACUCCAGCACGGACAGCAAGUCCUACCAAGUCAGCUGCCGCACCGACGCCAGUGCCCGCGUCCGCGCCCGCGCCCGCGCCUGCACCGGCCGCCGUCCCUACCCCAGUACGCUCUGCUUCGCCCACCAAACCUUCUCCGACGCCAACUGCAGCCGCAGCAACUCCGGCCACACAACCCGCUCCUACCUCGGAGCCCAAGUUGACCACGCCAGCUGAUUCUGCCGCCAGCAACGGCGUUUCCACCUCGAAAGACGUAGCCGACCUCCGAGCUCAGAUUGAAAAGCUUCGAACAGCGGUCGAGGAGCGCGAUACGCGGAUCCGACAUUUGGAGCAGGAGAAUGAGACGCUCAAGGCCAACCAGAAGCGCGCUAGGGAGGCAUUGCUCAAUUCGGUCUAG